AUGGCCUACUUCCCUCCCGCCUCUUGGUACACUUUCCCAGAAUAUUUACCACAGCUAUACGAGGAUUUCAGCGACCAUUCUUCCGAUAACUGGAACGCCUAUGCCACUGAGCAUGCCUUCACCGACAUGCAAGUCGCCCCACCCGCUUGGGACGACCUUUUCGUCAAUACUUUGCCGAUGCCUAUCGAGGGCGUCAAUUUUAUGGAAAACGAAUUUACCUUUGACGCCAGCGCAGGUAUCGCGCCGUCCGACGUAUAUCCUCUGGAGGAGGAAACCGCCGUUGAGACCCAAGUCCAAGACGGGAUUGAAGACGAAGGCGCGGUUGAAGGCGAAGAUGAAGUCGACGAUGAAUCUGAGGGUGGUUCUGGAUACAACGACACCGCGGAGCCUGCUCUCCCUCCUCCUGGCUCUCCGGAGUCAACGCUCUCGGAGAUCGCAGACGUCGAGCUACAGCGCCGGCAGCCGCGCAUUAGGUCUAGGUUUACGCCAUACGACUCCCCGGCCCGGCGAUUCUCCUGCCCAUUCUGCCCAAUGAAGAUGACGAGGGGAAGCGACAUGGCCCGCCACUUGUUGACGCACAAAAAGAAGAGGUUUUGUUGCAGCGAGUUGGAGUGCCCUUGUGGCCGGGAAAAGAAGUUCAGCCGGCGCGACGCGCAGAAAAGGCACGUCCUCACUGUGAUCACGAAUGAGGUCGAGGGUUUGCUUGCCGCUGGGGGCCAGGACACGAACCGCAUCACCGAGCUCCGCAACCGACACCAGACGAUCGCGGAGACUACCUCCAGGAAGAAGAGAGCCUAG